AUGGUGAACUGGACUCGAAAGGAUUGGUCCCUCAAACUUGAUGAUACUCUAUGGGCCCUUAGAACGGCCUACAAAGCCCCUAUAAGAACUACUCCAUGCCGGUUAGUUUAUGACAAGGCUUUCCAUCUCCCGGUAGAGUUGGAACAAAAGGCUUGGUGGGCCAUCAAGGAGCUUAAUAUGGACCUUGGGGAAGCCGGAAAGAAAAGGUUGAUGAAAUUGAAUGAACUAGAGGAGCUUCGUUUCGAUGCAUAUGAGAAUUCAAGGCUUUAUAAGGAGCAAACAAAGAAGUGGCACGAUCAAAGGAUAAGGUUCAAGGAAUUCAAGGUUGGAGAUGAAGUUCUACUUUUCAACUCUAGACUUCGUCUUUUCCCCGGAAAACUGAAAUCCAAAUGGUCCGGUCCUUUCAAGAUUUCUAAUGUUACUCCUUAUGGGUCCUUUGAGCUAGAUGUGGGCGAUCACAAGUUUUGGGUUAAUGGACACUGCAUCAAACUCUAUCAUUCAAGGAACGAAGUUGGUCGUAUUGAGUGCCUUAGGCUUGAUCCUAUGGAUUACGAGCCUUCUCUUGUUGAGCCUUAA